CAGCUCAAAGCUGAUUCUCUCCAUUUAGAGUCAACUUGGAUUCAAGGAAAAGUUCUGCACUUUUUCAGCUUCACACUAGUUUCAAGACUAAAACAUUUCUGUGGUUCAGCGAUGUCUUCCGUGACCUCCUCUUACCGCUCCUCGUCUCGCUACAGCACCUCCAGCACCUAUCGAUCAAAGGGAUCGCUGAGCGGAUCCACAGAUUCCCUGGAUGUUCUGUUGGAGCCUUUCCUGGACUCUUCUAACUGCUCCAGCCUGUUUGGAGAUGACAGCAGCCUGACCCCCUUCAGUCGGCACAGGAGUUCAUCCUGUGAACAUGGAGCUCCUGCAGGUGGCGCUGUGACAGGACUGCAAACUGGAGCAUGCAGUGGGGUGCGAUGUGUAGGGGAUACUUAUUACAUUUCUGCUGAUGUCAGCCAGUUUGAGCCGCAGGAUAUUGUAGUGAUGGCCUACAAUCAAAGCGUUGUCAUUCAAGCCCAAAAGGUUUUGGAGGAUGGAAGUGUGAGCGACACGUUUAGCCACAAGUCCCAGCUUCCUAAAGACAUGGAUCCUCUGUCAGUCAGUGGGACUCUACAGCCUGAUGGAACGCUGUUGGUGAGCACUCGCAGGACUACGGGCCUGACUGGACUGGAACCUCCAGACGUCCUGACCCACUGCAGCCAUGCUCAGCUUUGAUUUAUGACUUUGGAAACUUCUCAGCCAUUAUUUUCUGAGCCAUCAUCUUUUUUAUUUCUGUCUGAUUUCUUUAUUCCUGGUUCUUAACUUAAAAAAAAUCUGUGUAAAUGAUUAAAAUAAAUCCUUUUUUGACUUCAAGUGUUUGAGGUUUUUAUUAAAUCUAGUUGCUAAUUUGGCUUAUAUAAUAUUCAGGGGCGGAUUUACCAUAAGGCAAAGGUAGGCAAUUGCCUUGGGCCCCCAACACCUUGGGGGCUAUGAAUACUUUAUAAAAAUGUCUAAAAUAGUUUCUACACCUAUAAUUAUCUAAUUGUGUCACAAAAAAAUCAAAUUACUGAAAUGGCAUGAGACUCAUGUGAAAGUGCUUCGUUCUCCCUAUCCCUUCUGCAGCAAUGGAAUAUUCCAUCAACAUAACAGCAAGCUAGCAGGCCGAGAAAGACUUUUCAGGGAUAAAAACAAAACAAAAUCAAAACAGUAAGAAUAAAUGUUGAAGAAAAAAGCCAAAGAGAAAGCAAGAAAUUUGCUGUGGCACUUCCAGAAGUGCAGGAAGACAUAAGAAAAGGAACAACAGAAUUAUAAAGAUAGGGGAGAAAAAUCUAAUUUGGUAGUGAAAAUAGUUGUAACAUUAUAAAACAAAGUCCAAAAUAUUCAAGAAAAAAAAGAUUAUGAAAAAAGUUGAUUUUUUUUUACUAUAAUAUAGUCAUAAAAUUAAAUGGAAAAUUGCCCACAUUUUACGUAAAUAAAGCUGUAAAAUUUAUUAGGAAAAA